CAAUCAGAUAAUUUCCAAAUAUUAGUCUACCCGAUAAUUUCCAAUUAUCAGCAAGAAACCCAUUCCUUCCUUCGUUAUCUUGAAACCUUUCUCACAGACUAUUCCUCGCCAAACUUUUUCUCCGACCCAAACGACCUUCAAUUCGCACAAGGAAAUGGUGAUUUCCAGUGCUGUUUUCAUCUUCUAAUUUGUAUCCCCUUCAUUCGCUCCACACCAUGGCUCUGCUCGUUCAUUCGCCCGAUAUGUGCACAGCCAAGACCCUCAUCAACCCUAAUCCGAGUUCGAGGAGCCUCAAGACCCCCAGCAGCGUCCUCAGGAAUGACGAUAGAGUGGUUUCGUCGAUGGCGAGAGUUAGGUUUGGGGUUAAGGAUCGGGAAGUGAAAGUUCCGGGGUUGAGUCACGAAGAUGCGCGGCUGUAUGGUCAGUUCUCGGCUCCCGUUGUGAAGCAAGGGUCGAAGCGGAGCAAUGAGGAAGAAGAGGAGAAGCAGAAUUACUACGUGAAUAUGGGGCACGCUAUCAGGACUCUGAGGGAGGAGCUGCCGGACCUCUUCUACAAGGAGCUAAGCUUCGAUAUCUACAGAGAUGAUAUCGCUUACAUAGAUCGUUUCAAUACCUUUGCUGGAAUUGAGAACUACAAAUCAAUGUUCUGGGCGCUGCGUGUCCUAGGGAGGGUGUUCUUCAGGGGAUUGUGGGUUGACAUCAUCAGCGUCUGGCAGCCUGUUGACGAUAUAAUCCUGAUACGGUGGGUAAUACAUGGCAUACCACGGGUUCCAUGGGAGAGUCUGGCUCGUCUUGAUGGCAUCUCGGAGUACAAACUCGAUAAGAAAGGCAAGAUUUAUCAGCAUCAAGUAGACAACAUGGCGUUUAACUCGCCUCCUCCCAAGUUCAGAGUGAUGGGUGUGGAGGAGCUGCUCCAGGCUAUUGGCUGUCCCUCAACACCAAGACCUACUUAUUUCGAGGCAUCAUCUGUAUCCCCCACAGAAGAACUCAUUAAGAGCGGGUAGAGUAAAGGAGUUUGCACUGCAAUCUUGGGUGGUACUACACCCUAAUUCGAGCAUGGAAGAACAAACCACAGUAUGUUCCCGUCUCGUCCAGUUUUCGAGAGCAAGCGUGAUGGAACUGUUAUAGUGAUAUAUUUGCCUUAUCUUUGUACUUUGUAGUAAGGAUAAUAUGGGGGACAGUGUGGUAGGAGAAACGGAUAACCCAUCUUGUGUUUGUGUGUAUAUGAGGUAAAUGUAAGUACAAAUUUGGCUCCAACCCAUGUAUAGUAGCGACUAACUAGUUGCCUAAUAGUAU